AUGAGCAACGUAAGCGAGCAAGUCUCGAAAACAAUGGAGUCAGCGAAAGAGGCUGCUGCCAAAGUCGGCGAGCAAGUGUCUGACUUCUUCCAAGGGAACCCGUUUUCAACACCAGUGGGCCGCAAAAUAGAACUUGCGACAAACGCUUCGAUACUAGCCACUGAGAACUGGGGUUUGAAUAUGGAAAUCUGCGAUUUUGUCAAUAACACCGAGGACGGUGCCAAAGAUGCUGUCCGAGCAAUUCGCAAACGUCUGCACACGAACAUGUGCAAGAACAACGCGAUCGUCAUGUAUACCCUAACAGUACUUGAGACGUGCGUGAAGAACUGCGGUCAUAAUUUCCACGUGCUUGUAUGCUCCAAGGACUUUGUGCAGGAUUUGGUGAAACUGAUUGGCUCGAAGUUCGAUACUCCACAAAUUAUACACGAACGUGUUCUGGCACUUAUCCAGGCAUGGGCAGACGCGUUCCGUAAUCAACCGGAUCUUCAAGGAGUUGUUCAGGUCUACGAAGAGCUUGUUAGUAAAGGGGUCACGUUCCCUGCAACUGACCUAGAUGCAAUGGCACCAAUUUUAACUCCAAAACAGACAGUGUUCACUGAUCCAAAAGCGUCCACGGCUCUUUCGUCCCACUCAGGUGGAUCACCUAGUUACGAAGUCGUCAGCCAACCCGAUGGCCCAAUUACAGCAUCCGCGGAGCAACUAGCCAAGCUGCGAUCCGAUUUGGAUGUAGUGAAUUCGAACUUGAAGGUGUUCCGUGAAAUGCUCACCGAAAUCGUCCCUGGACGUGAAACAACCGACGAAUUGCAACUGCUUAAUGAAUUACACUCAACUUGUAAGCAAAUGCAGCUACGGGUGCUGGAUUUAAUUCGAUCAGUGGGGAACGAGGAAGUAACUUAUGAACUGCUCGUUAUGAAUGACGAAUUCAAUAGUGUGUUUGAAAAGUAUGACCGGUUCAUGACAAAUCGAAGCGGUGAUGCCACUGGUGAUGCCUCGGGUGGCUCCGCUCAGCCAGCUACUGCAGAUUUGAUUGAUGUGGGACAGUCGGGGAAAUCACUUGAGGAGCAGCUUGCUGGAAUGAAAGUGACUUCAGCUUCCAGCACAGAAGCUUACGCUGCUAAUAGUGAACAACAAGCUCAGGUUGGAAUUGCAACAGCUAUUAAUAACAAGGGUAAUGUUACUGAUAUCGAAGCGCAGGAAAUGGAAAAGUGGUUGGCAGCACAAGGUCAGAAAGAAAAGUCGCCAAAGCCAGCAGCGAAGAGCGAAGAUGACAAGUUGUAG